CUCAGAGCCUCAGAGCUAACUGACAUAGUACUUUGGUACACUUCUUCAUCUCGUAGAAAAAUUCACAAAUUCUUCAAAAAAAGCUUCUAACAAAAUUUUCAAAAUGAAAUUCGUUGCUCUUUCCGUUUUUGUAAUUGCUGUAUUUGCCAUUAAUAACGUCCAAGGAUUUUAUCAAGAAUAUUGUGCUUGUCCAGCACAAAUAGUUGAAAAGCCCGUUUAUGUUAACUGUCCACCACAAACCGGGGGUGGAAGUGGCGGUGUUAUCGGUGGAGGAAAUAACUACCCACAAGACAAUUGUUAUCACCCACCCUGCGACCCGACCAAUAGUUUUCCCGUUUGUGGAGCAGUGAAUAACAAUUGUAAAAUGUUCCCAUGUUUGAAUGCCCUCUACAAUGAAAAAUGUGCUCAGAAGAUGAAUAUCGAAAAUGUUAACAUGAUGUACUGUAGUGGAAAGUCUGUGGGUGGAACCUACACGCCUUGUAAAUUAUCUUAAAAUUUUUGCAGCUCCAUUGAAUGAAUUUUAUGAAAAAUAAAGACAAUAUUUCAUACAAAAAUAAGGUUUUUUAAAUUAAUAAAUGUGAGAAUCCAAA